AUGGAGUCCUCUCAUGGUGUUCCACCACUUCCACCUAAUUCCUCCGCCGUCGACUCGAGCGGCGGCCUCGUGGACGGCGGCAACGGCGCGCGGCGGUUCCCGUGCCUCUUCUGCAGCAAGACGUUCGUCAAGUCGCAGGCGCUCGGGGGCCACCAGAACGCGCACAAGAAAGAGCGCGUCGCCGCCGGGCGCUGGAACCCCUACGGCACCUCCUACGCCGCCAUGCUCGAGCUCGAGGUGGCGUGCGCGGCCGGCGGCGGCGCGGUUGCUCUUCCCCCCACGUCCACGCUAGUGGCAGGCGCCCAGCACUGCGCUGGGACAGACGUCGUCGCGCGUGGCGCCAGAGCUGGGGAGGCGUACUACAGUUCCGCUGCCCCCGCGGCGACGACACCUCGCUUGGAGCUUGAGAUGUGGACCGGCCAUGCGCCGGCGACCGUGCGCGGCGGCGUGGACCAUGAGUGCGGCGACGGCCUGAUGAUCGAUGUCGACGUGAUCAACUGGACCAGGGGUAUGCUGGCGCGCGUGGAGGCACCCAGCAAGGCGACGACCGAAGAGGAGCCCGACCUCGAGCUGAGGCUGUAA